AUGCACUUCAUUCAGAUUCUUUUCUUGUUAACUCUCUCUCCUUUAAUUUGUGUUAGUUGUGAGCAUUUCGUUCUUGUUCAUGGAGCAUACCAUGGUGCAUGGUGUUGGUAUAAGGUUGCAACUAUGCUUAAAUCAGCUGGUCAUAAUGUUACAACUGUUGAAUUGGCUGCUUCUGGUAUCAAUCCAAUACAGGUUCAAGAGAUUCGUCAAAUUUCACAGUAUUAUGAACCUUUGAUGACAUUUAUGGAAUCUCUUCCUCCAAAUGAGAAGGUGAUUCUAGUAGGUCAUAGUAUUGGUGGAGUGUCUACAUCUGUAGCUAUGGAAAAAUUUCCAGACAAAAUUUCAGUUGCAGUUUUUGUUACUGCUUAUGUGCUUAGUCAAAAUCUCACAUACCCUACUAUUCAACAAGAGGAAGCUAGAAGGAUCACUAAUUUAAUGGACUCAAAGUUUUUCUUUUUUGAUGGACCCAACAAACCCGCAACUGCUAGAUUGCUUGGACCGAAAUACCUGGCAUCCAGUCUGUAUCAAUUAUCACCACCUGAGGACUUGACCCUUGCAUUGUCCCUGGUGAGACCUGAUCCACUUUAUAAUGAUGUUGAAUUAUUGAAGAAGGAAACAGCAGUUACCAAUGAUAGAAAUGGAAGGGUACCUAAAAUUUUUGUCAUAAGUAAAAGUGAUAAUUUGAUAACAGAGGAUUUUCAAAAGUGGAUAAUUGAGAGAAGUGGUCCUUUUGCUGAGGUGAAAGUGAUUAAUGAUUCUGAUCACAUGGUCAUGUUCUCUAAACCACAGAACCUUACUUCUAUCCUUAUAAAGAUUGCACAUAAAUAUGGUAUUCGUGCCUACCAUGUCCCAAACAAUUAUGUGUAUAGGUUCGGGUAUAUUUCUAAUUAUCAAUUAUGA